AUGGCCUCUGGACGUCUGCCGGUCGGCUCCUCACACGGACACAACGGGAGCGCCCCGGUCACCGAGCCGCUGUGUGAGCACGGCGCCCCCUGGAUCCUGUACCUGCUGCAGGAGUGCGUGGACAACCGCUGGGAGUACCUGAGCGUGGUGGUCGGCCUGGUCUCCAUGUUCUGCUUCCUGCUCUCCACGCUGCCGCAGGUGUACGCCUCCUAUCGCAGCGGCAAAGUGGAGGAGGCCAUGUCUUUUGGAUUCCUCUUUUUCCUCUUCAGUGGUGAUUUGACCAACUUCGCCGGCUGCUAUCUCACCGGUCAGCUCCCAAUCCAAAUUGUUGCUGUGAUUUUCUACAUCUUCACCGACUUAAUCCUCAUCUCACAGUUUCUCUAUUAUAAGAUUAAAAACAGCUCCAGCAAAAAAACGCCGUUGUUGAAAUGGCUUUGCUUCGUGUGGUGCGGCGCUGGGACCCUGCUCCUCCUCUCUCUGCCCAAAGUCAUAAUAGAAAGUAACACAAUGCUGACUCAGGGUCUAAGUACCAAUAGAAAAUCCAUGAAGCUGGCGGGAUUCAUCUGUGGAUACAUGGCAACGAUGUUCUACCUCUUGUCCCGGUUUCCUCAGCUUUAUAAAAAUUUCCAGCGACAGUCCACAGAGGGCACUUCUUACCUCCUGUUCGCUCUGGCCAUGAUGGGCAACGGCACGUAUGGGCUGAGCGUGGUGCUGGUGCUGCCCGCUCUCAGGGGCUCCAAGCGGGUCUUCCUCAUGGACCACCUGGCCUGGCUCCUCGGCAGCAUGGGGGUCCUCGUGCUGGACUUCUUUGUCACGGCUCAGUUCCUCUUGUACCGACACCGACGCACAUCCAAAAGCGUGGAAGUGGACGGCAGCACCGAAGCAGAGCCACUUCUGUGCGACGAGGAGGAGCAGAGCGUCCUAUAG